CGCUUUUGUGGUUGCUUCGGAGGCUGGCCUACUCACUUAGAGUUUCCUCUUUGGUCCUCAGUUUUUUUUCUUUUUACACAUCUUAUUUGUUACGCCCGUUUGUUGGUUGGGCCUCUUGGUUGGUUCCUCCGCUAUUAGUUGGUUGGCUCCAUUUUCAUGCCCCUAUUUCACAUUUCUAACUUAAAUAUCUGCGCGUUGACAACAGUUUAUGUUAAGGACCUUGGCAUUUUAGUGGGCCAACCAAAAAGUAUGUUAACUUUUUUAUUUUUGUUUUUUGCUUUUAAAUUCUCUCUUGUCUUGAUUGAUUCCCUUAUUAAUUCCAAAGCUUGGAUCCUUGCUUUACCAACCGCUCUUAAAAAUUGAAGAGCUAAUGAGAACACAAACGAAAAGGCGAUUAAACAACAUUUUACUAUAACGUUCCUUC